AGCCAGUGUGAAAAUACCAGGUAAACCAGAAAAAAAAAAAAAAAAAAGAUCAUUUCGAGAAUUCCAGCAGCAAAGAAGGCAAAAAUGGAUCUAAAGAUCAUGGGUUUGGACGCGCCACUCCUCCACACCAUCCAGCACAUGAUGGACCUGGCGGAGGACCCCGAGAAGUCCAUUAAUGGACCAUCCCGCACCUACGUGCGGGACGCCAAGGCCAUGGCAUCAACUCCGGCUGAUGUGAUGGAGAACCCCAAUUCCUACGUGUUCAUCGUAGACAUGCCGGGGCUCAAGUCCGGGGACAUCAAAGUUCAGGUGGAGGAUGACAAUGUGUUGUUGAUCAGCGGAGAGCGGAAGCGGGAGGAAGAGAAAGAAGGUGCCAAGUAUGUGAGGAUGGAAAGGAGGGUCGGCAAGCUUAUGAGGAAAUUUGUGCUGCCUGAGAAUGCAAACACGGAUAAGAUCUCCGCGGUGUGCCAAGAUGGAGUACUGACUGUGACCGUGGAGAAGCUGCCGCCACCGGAGCCAAAGAAGCCCAAGACCAUUGAGGUUAAGAUUGCUUGAAUGAGGAGCUUAUGCGUUUCAGGUAAUGGAAUUAGUAAAUAUGAGUGCGUGGGUUUGAGUGAGUGUGCUAGUGCUAGUGCUACGUCUAGUGUUUUUUCAUAUUCCGAAUGUGGCUAAUGUUCAUGUUUUGUGUUGUAUUUUGAGCAAUGGGCGUGUACUGUGUAUCAAAGAUGUUAUCAAUGCGACUAUACAUUCAGAGUAUUUCCUCUGUGUUUUCUCUCAUUUGCUCUGUUCUAUUGUAUUUGUUCACUGCAAAAUCCAAUGCCUUAACAAUCGAGGAAUUUAAGUAAGCCCAAAUAAAUGAUGGAAAAACCCUAGAUUCAAUGAAGGUCCAAACUUUCAAUCACAUUUUCUGUUGGUAGAUUUUUCUAUGAUCCUCAACGCUGGACUUGGUUUAAAUGUAUUCUAAAUGCUCCACUGAACAGAAUUGGUAGUAGUGCACCUUUUCUUUUAUUUUUGUUUGGGUGCCUGUUGCUUUGGGUGUGCGCUUCAGUGGUGGAAGCUCGAGGGUUUCUGAUGGCUCUUGUAGUUGUCUCAAACGGAGGGCCGCGCUUGAUAAACAGAGCAAUGAAAAAGCCUUCCUUGUCUUCCACUGGGUCUGUCCGGAGUAGAUGUAGAUGUUCAGCUGCAAGAAUACAGACGGGGAUUAACU